AUGAAAAUAUUUAAAGAUGCAAAGCCUGAAGUAGUUUAUUUAUUAGGUUGGACAUUUCCAGUAUUGGUAUCUAAUGUUUUAAAUCAAGUUGUUUAUUUAUUAGUAAAUAUGAUGUUUGCAGGUAGAUUAGGUAAAGAUGAACUUGCUGCAGUUUCUUUAGGUAAUACGUGGGUAUUUUGUACGAGUGCUUUUGUAGUUGGUACAUUUAAUGCUAUGGAUACUUAUAUUUCUCAAGCAUUUGGUGCAAAAAGUUAUAAAUUAAUUGGAUCAACAAUUCAAAGAGCUACAACAACAGCAGUAAUUUUUAGUUUUUUUAUUACAAUACUUUGGUUUGUAACAGAACCGAUUUUAAUACUUAUACAUCAAGACCCAGAAGUUUCAAAAUUAGCACAACGUUAUAUUUUAGGUAUGAUACCAGGAUUAUGGUUUAGUGGAGCACUUUCAGUAUUACAAAAAUAUCUUCAGGGUCAAGGUAUUAUGAAUCCAUCAAUUGUUUGUGGUAUAAUUUUAAAUAUUUCAAAUGCAAUUUUCAAUUUUAUAUUAGUUCAUGGUUUAACAGAUUCAGGUGGUAUUGGUGUUAUUGGAAGUUCAAUAUCUACAUCAAUUUCUAAAGGUAUAGCAACAGGUUUAUUAAUUUUAUGGAUUUAUAAAUUUAAACUUCACAAAGAUACAUGGUUUGGAUUUUCAAUACCAGAACUUACUGGAUGGAGUGGUCUUAAAGAUUAUCUUAGAUUGGCGAUUCCAGCAGGAUUUCAAAUGUUAUUGGAAGGUACUGCAUUCGAAUUGUUAACUAUUUUAUCGGGUACAUUUGGUUCCGUCCAAUUGGACGGUCAUUCAAUUGCUAUGAAUUUCACAUUGUUAACUUUUAUGUUACCAUUUAGUAUAUCGAUUGCAUUGUCAGUUAGAAUUGGUCAAUUACUAGGCUCAAAAGAUGCAAAGAAAGCAAAGAGUGCAACCAAUAUUGGAUUUUUCUUAACAAUGUCAAUUAUGGUGUUAAUUUCAAUGACUCAAUUUUUAACUAGACAUUUAAUCGGUGGUCUUUACACUGAUGAAGUAGAGGUUCAACAGUUGGUAGCUAAAAUUUUACCAAUCUCUGCAUUAUUCCAAUUUUUCGAUGGUUUCCAAACAACUUGUCAAGGUAUCAUUAGAGGUACAGGUAAAAAUAAAAUUGGUGCACUUGUUAAUUUCGGUGGAUUCUAUUUAGUUGGUGUACCAUUCUCUUGUAUAUUUGGAUUUGCUCUACAUAAAGAAGUUGUUGGAUUAUGGUGGGGAUUAUGUUUAGGUUUAGGUUCAGUAGCAGUAAUUCUUGGUUUUGUUAUACUUAGAAUUAAUUGGGAAAAAGAAGUUGAAAUAGCUUUAAAGAGAACUGAAUCUUUACAAGGUUUCAGUCAAUUAGAUAUUGAAAUGAUCAUUGAUGGUGCUGAUAAUCUUAAUAAUAAUAAUAGUAUCGAAAAUUAUAAUGAUAAAAAUAAAUUAUUGGAAAAUAAAUCAAAACAUUACAAAAAUGAAGAAGAAGAAGAAGAUGAUGAUGAUUUCAAUAAAGGAGAAUCAGUUGUAACUUUUGGUGAUGCAAUUUUAAAUUCAAAUUAUUCAACACCAAGUGGGUAUAAUAGUAGUAAUGGAAAUAAUAGUAGUGGUAAUAUAAGUGCGAGUAGUAGUACAGAAAAAUUAGAUCAACAUUAUAGUGUAAGAAUUCAAAAUAAUGAUACUAACAUCAAUAGUAAUAAUACUGACUCAAUUGAAAAUAAUAAUAAUAAUAAUAAUAAUAAUAAUAAUAAUAAUAAUAAUAAUAAUAAUAAUAAUAAUAAUAAUAAAAAUAAUAAUAAUAAUAAUAAUAUUAAUAAUAAUAAUAAUACUGACUCAAUUGAAAAUAAUAAUAAUAAUAAUAAUGAAGAAGUGGUUCAUAAUAUAAAUCAUAAUCAAUCAAAAAAUGAUUAUAUAAUAUUAAAAAAAAAUGAUGAUAACGAAGAUGAUGAUAAUGAUAUAAACUAUGCAAUAUUAAAUUAA